AUGCAUGGACCUCCGCUUCAGAAGCCAGGACCUCCGCUUCAGAAGCCAGGAAGAAGCCAGACCUCCGCUUCAGAAGCCAGGACCUCCGCUUCAGAAGCCAGGACCCCUUCAGAAGCCAGAAGCCAGAACCUCCGCUUCAGAAGCCAGGACUCCGCCAGAAGCCAGAACCAGAACUCCCUUCAGAAGCCAGCCUCCCCUUCAGAAGCCAGGACUCCUUCAGAAGCCAGACCUCCCUUCAGAAGCCAGGACCUCCCCUUCAGAAGCCAGGACCUCCCCUUCAGAAGCCAAGACCUCCCCUUCAGAAGCCAGGACCUCCCCUUCAGAAGCCAGGACCUCCGCUUCAGAAGCCAGGACCUCCGCUUCAGAAGGACCUCCCCUUCAGAACCAGGACUCCCUUCAGAAGCCAGGACCUUUCAGAACCAGGACCUCCGCUUCAGAAGCCAGGACCUCCGCUUCAGAAGCCAGGACCUCCCCUUCAGAAGCCAGGACCUCCCCUUCAGAAGCCAGGACCUCCCUUCAGACCAGGACCUCCUCUUUAGAACCCCAGGACCUCCGCUUCGGAAGCCAGGACCUCCGCUUCAGAACCCAGGACCUCCGCUUCAGAACCAGGACCUUCCGCUUCAGAGCCAGGACUCCGCUUCAGAACCAGGACCUUCCUCAGAACCCAGGACCUCCCCUUCAGAACCCAGGACCUCCGCUUCAGAAGCCAGGACCUCCGCUUCAGAAGCCAGGACCACCCUUCAGAACCAGGACCUCCUAAGAAGCCAGGACCUCCCCUUCAGAAGCCAGACCUCCCCUUCAGAGCCAGGACCUCCCUUCAGAACCAGGACCUCCUCUUUAGAAGCCAGGACCUCCGCUUCGGGAGCCAGGACCUCCGCUUCAGAACCCAGGACCUCCUCUUCAGAACCCAGGACCUCCGCUUCGGGAGCCAGGACCUCCGCUUCAGAACCAGGACCGCUUCAGAGCCAGGACCUCUGCUUCAGAACCCAGGACCUCCCCUUCAGAACCAGGACUCAGAAGCCAGGACUCCUUCAGAAGCCAGGACCUCCGCUUCAGAAGCCAGGACCUCCGCUUCAGAAGCCAGGACCUCCCCUUCAGAAGCCAGGACCUCCCCUUCAGAACCAGCCUCAGAAGCCAGGACCUCCCUUCAGAAGCCCGAAGGACCUCCGUCCGAAGCCAGGACCUCCCUUCAGAAGCCCCUCCCCGGGACCUCCUCUUCCAGGACCUCCGCUUCAGCCAGGACCUCCGCUUCAGGCCACCUCCGACCCAGGACCUCCCCUUCAGAACCCAGGACCUCCUCUUCAGAAGCCAGAACCUCCCCUUCAGAACCAGGACCUCCGCUUCGAAGCCAGACCUCCGCUUCAGUAG